CCUCCCCCACAGGAAGGGUGGGUGUGGGUGGCGCUGGGGGCCCGGGGCCAGCAUCAUGGAGGCCCCGCGAUCCCCGAUGCUGCUGCUGCUGGCGGUCCUGGGAGCCCUGUGGGCAGGAGGCAACACGUUUGAGACCCACAUCAUUGGGGGUCGAGAGGCUGCCCCCAACUCACACCCAUACAUGGUUUCGCUGCAGAAAUCCGGCUCCCACCUGUGUGGGGGGGUCCUCGUGCACCGGCAGUGGGUGUUGACAGCUGCCCACUGCCUGAUCCAUCCGACACAGCUGCUGAGGCUGGUGCUGGGGCUCCACGUGCUCGGAGACCCUGGCCUUACCUGCCAUAUCACGAAGGUGGUCCUGCACCCCGAAUACAAGCCAGCCCCCCAUCUGAAGAAUGACCUCGCGCUGCUUAAGCUGGAUGGGAAGGUGAAACCCAGCAAGACCAUCCGGCCCCUGGCCUUGCCGCGAGGACGCCAGGCAGUGGCCGCAGGAGCGCGGUGCAGCGUGGCCGGCUGGGGUGUGACCCACCAGGGUGGGCAGCUGACCAGGGCACUGCAGGAGCUGGAUAUGCAUGUGCUGGACGCCAAGAUGUGCAACAACAGUCGGUUUUGGCACGGUGGCAUCAGCCCCCGCAUGAUCUGCCUGGCAGCCUACUCCAAGAACCAGGCCCCCUGCAAGGGGGACUCGGGAGGACCUGUGAUGUGCAGCAGAGGCCAAGUGGCUGGAAUCCUGUCCUUCAGCUCUAAGGUCUGCACCAACAUCUUCAAACCCCCCGUGGCCACCGCCGUGGCCCCCUAUACAUCCUGGAUCAAGAAGGUCAUCGGCCACUAGCGGCCCACUUCCCUAACCCGACCCUCCAGAGGUGGCCCGACUCCCCUUCUGUGCGCCAGCAGGAUUGCAGGGAGGGGCGGCCGGGGGCCUGCAUGUGUCAGGGGACCAAUAAACUCUAAUAAGGAAAUGGCAUGA